GGUAAUUUUGUAUUAGUAUAUUUUUAGACUUUUGUAUUAGGUAUGUAUCAAUUUGUUUACACUUUGGGAUUUGUACUUUGUAUUUGGUUUGCACCACAAAUCACAUCAGUAGGAGCAUCAAAUACUAUUGCUAUUUUGGCAACAACUUUAGGAAUGUUAAUGUCUAUUGUUGCUAUUGAUAUAGAUGUUGAUGCAUAAUCAGCAAUAUUAAAUAAAGGAGCAAAGUAUUUUAAAAAGCAUCAUGAGAAACUAAAAAGUUCUACAUUACAUUAAUAAUAAUAAUAAUAAUAAUAAUAAAUAGAAGGAGAAGAAAUAUAAGUAGAUUAAUUACAUCAUUAAGAAGAUUAAAUGGCUGUUGAAUAAGUAUAUUCUGAAAUAUUGCCUUAAACAUUUUUUGAGAAAUAUUUUGGAUUUUUUAAUAAAAAUCAAUAUCCCUCCAUAUAUUGGUAUUUAUUAUGGUUUUAUUCUUUCGCAUCUACUUCUGUUUUAGUAUUAGUAGAUUAUGCUUAAGAAUUUUUAUAUGACAAAUGGUUGAUAGCAAUAGACAAUGGAGAAACAUUAGCUUGGAAAUUAGUAACUCUUAUGUGGUUAUUUUCAGGAGUUAUUACACCAUUAUUAGGUUUUGUUAUUGAUAAAUAUGGAUAAAGAUCUUCCCUUGUAAUUAUAAUAAUUAUUAUAUUAUAGACAAUAUUUUCAGGUUUGAUGGCUAUAUGGGCACAUAUCUUAGUACUCUUACAAUCCCCAUUCGAAGGACUUCUUUUAUUAGGAUUAUCAUUUUCAUUAUCUUAUACAACAGUUUGGAGUGGAGUGUUAUAUUUGACAUAACCAAAUACACAUGGUAGAAGUCUAUCUUUGUUUGUUUGUCUAUAAAAUUUUGGUAUUACAAUUACUCCAUUUAUUUGCAAAUUUCUAGAAUAGUAAAAUAAAUUAAAUUGAUAUUAAUAGAUUGACAUCAUCCACAGUUGUUACUGAGAUAUUUUUAUUAGUCUUAGCUAUUUUAGCAAUGUUCAUAUCAUUAAUGGUAUAUAGUGAAGAUAAGAAAUUCGUCAAUCUUAUAGAUAGAGGUCUUGAAGUUGUAAGUGAAGUUUUCACAGAGUAUGAUAUAUAUAGUAAUUUAACAAAGACCCUCUUCCAAAUUAAGAAGCAAGGAGCAUAUCUGAA